AUGCCCGCUCCGUCCUUCCGAGGGCCCCUGCUUGCAGGAGUGGCCGUGAGGAUUGCAGCCACCAGAGCUGGAUCAUGGACCCCCGAGUUACCUGUCAACUGUAGAAGGGAAUUUGAAGCCUUUCAAGCAUUUGUGGAAGAUCGCCUUCCAUUUGAUAUUGUUAUUGAUGGUCUCAAUGUUUCCCACUUAAAACCCAGAAAGAUGCAGUGUGAAAAUCUCUUUCAUGCUAUCAACUGCCUGGCAAAAGAGAAUGUGCGCUUGCUUGUGCUGGGCCGCAAGCACAUGCUGGUUAACUCUUCAAACUGGAACCAGAAGGUUAUGAAGGAGAUGCAGAAUAAGGCAGACUUCUUCUUUGCAGAAAAUAUCUCUGAAGACGAUGCCUUCCUGCUGUAUGCCACCCUCAGAUCGGGCAAGCACUGCAGGUUUGUUACUAGGGACUUCCUGCGGGAUCACAAGGCCUGUCUUUCCGACAGCCUCACACGGCACCUCUUCCGUAAGUGGCAGCGUGGGCACCAAAUCGCCAUUUCCCCUUCUGCGGAGGGAAAGCAUUUCAAUUUUUUGCCUGCUUUCAGUUAUGACUGUGUUGUACAGACUACAGGUGAUACAUGGCAUAUUCCCUAUAAAGAUACGUUUGAGGAAAAAUACUCAUAUGAAGUGCCAAGAAAAUGGCUCUGUCUUCAACAGAAGCAAUGAAGAAUGUACUUGUAGAAGC